AUGACUUCAAUUGUCAGCAAUCUCUUGGCUUCCGACAAGGAGACACUAAUCCUCAGAUCCUGGAAGCCCACAGUACCUGUGGUCGCUACAGUAACAUUCAUACACGGUAUUGGAGAACACUCUGGUCGUUAUGAGCAUGUGUUUUCAAAGUUUGCCGAGAAUGGAAUCUUGGUCAAUGCUUUCGAUCAGCGUGGCCAUGGAAAGAGUGGCGGCACGCGUGGACAUUCACCAUCGCUCGAGCAAUCACUCAAGGACAUCACUUUGAUCGCCUCCAACGCCGAUCCCGCCCUGCCACACUUCAUCUACGGACACAGCUUUGGUGGCUGUCUGGCACUGCACUACACACUCAAGAACCAGGAGCGCGCGCCCGCUGGCUGCGUCGUCACGUCACCCCUUAUCAAGCCCGCCUUCAAGGUGUCGGGCUUCAAGCUGUUCCUGGGCAACCUGCUCGGCAAGGUGGCUGCUACCUCCACCAUCGACAGCAACCUCAACGCUUCGCACAUCUCCAAGGACGCCGAGGUCGUCGCCACCUACAAGAAGGACGUGCUGGUGCACUCCAAGAUCUCGCUCGGUCUUGGCCGCUGGAUGCUCAGCAAGGCCGAGAGCCUGCUGGACGAGGCGCCCAAGUACACCUCGCCCGUGCUGUUGAUCCACGGAAACGACGACAAGAUCACCUGUCCAAAGGCAUCACAGCAAUUCUUUGAUCGCAUUGCCUCCACUGACAAGACACUCAAGCUCUGGGAGGACAUGUAUCACGAGGUGCACAACGAGAAGGACCAGGACUUGGUCAUCCAAUUCAUCAUCGACUGGAUCAUAUUGCGUGUUGCCGGUCCAGUGAACAACCAGGUCAUCGUCGUCCCUACUGUCACUGUCGAGACUGGCGCAGAGCCAGCAGCCGCCACAUCAACCACUACCACCUCUGUCGUCGUCUCUGUCGAGGAGACCAAGCCAGCCGAGGCUUCAGAGGUUGUCGUCGUUGUUCCAGUUGUUUCUGUUGAGACCACCACAAAGGCCCCCGCCGCUGCCACCGAGCAGAAGGAAGAGAAGGCACCAGCCGCUGCCGCCCCAGCCAAGCAAGAGCAACAGCAACAGCAACCAAAGAAGAAGAACAACAAGAAGGGCAAGAAGAAGAACUAA